AUGGAAGAAAUACCAAAUUUUGAUGACGAGUACCAACGGAGAGAUGUUAUUGAAAGCAACACAAAUGAAGAGACAAAUGAAAAUUGGGAUUACAAUACAGAAGUCAAUGAUGAGACACAACGACCAGGCAGCAAUAAUUCAGAAACCACAGUAAAUGAUGAAGAACCCGAUAAUAAUUCUCCAAAAUCACCAGUAACUAAUGAUAGGUCCGAUAAUCAGGGUCAAUCACUUCGACAUGACAUCCACGUCUUCUUUCUGACUCUGUCUUGCAGAAAUCGAUUGCAUCACUCAAUCCCUGAUUCUCCUCUUACUUGUGGAUUUUGGAAAGCUUUGGAUCGACCCGACCCACUUUUAAACAAUAUAACCUGA